AAGCUUAUUAACUGUAACCAUUUUAAUCUUCAAUUCUAACUAAAACAAAACAUAACAAAUUAAAUUUUUGAGUUCAGCGCCGGUGAUAAAUUAAUACUAAAAAUCAUUUUACUUUCAAGUAAUUAAGCACAAUGGGGGAGCCCAACUGGGAUUUUAAUGAGGUCAUAAUAACAUCCUCUGGAAAUUUUGUUUCUGUUCUUGUUCCUAAAACUGGAAAAGUAAUAAAAAAUUAUUCUAUGAAAACUAUAGCACCAAAAUGUUUGGCUUUACUUGGAGAAGACUAUUUUAUUGGUGCAUCAAUCAACAUACCUGAUAUUAAAAUGUGGCCUGUUGGAGAUGAUAAAUCUGUCUCUCUAAUCAAUAGCCCUUGUGGUUUAGUCACUGCUCUUACAGUAUCCAAUUGUGGAACUUACUGUGUUGCAGCCUUUAGACAAGAAAUCCGUGUUUGGAAUGUUCAAACUGGUGAGAUGCUAACUGCAUUUACUCGUCACUAUCAAGAUGUAACUGUUCUUAAAUUCACUAGCGAUGACGCUGCUUUUAUAUCUGGAGGCAAAGAUGGACAUGUACAAACUUGGAUAUUAUCAAAGGUUACAUGUGCUAAUUUAGAUAACCCUAAUAGAGUAAAACCCUUACAUUCUUGGAGAAAUCAUACGAAAGAAAUAACAGAUAUAUUUGUUGGCUCUCUUGGCAUGUACUCUCGUAUUGCUACAACAUCUGCUGACAUGACUUGCAGACUCUAUGAAUUAAAUUCUGGGUUAUUGCUAACAUCAGUGUGCUUGGAUAUUCCAAUUACUUCUGUCACAAUCGACUCUUUGGAAUAUUAUUUGAUACUUGGAACACAAAAAGGAACUAUAAGUAAAAUAAAUUUGUACUAUGAGCAACCUAGAGAAAUUCACAAUAAUCCUAUGGAUAAAGAGGAAAUAAAUGCUCAUGGGAAUGCAGUGAUUUCUUUAUCAAUGUCUAUUGUUGGAGAUAAGUUUGUAUCAAUAUCUUUAGAUUCUAAAUUGAAACUGUGGGAUGUUGCCACUCUUACAUGCAUUUUAUCUAUUCCUUGUUCUGAUGGUCAUUAUCGCAAUGCCUUUUUCACACUUUAUCCAGCACCAUUACUUACUGAUGAAGAACCUUAUAUUGUUGUCAAACAGUUAGAAAGAAUCUAUCCAAAUGAUCGAGCAAAGUUGGAAAAAGACUAUUCCGUUCUUUUCAGACCACAAGAUAAAGAACUUUCAAUGAUCUGUGCUGGAAGCCUUGAUAAUCACUAUCCUCCUGCUCUUUUAUAUGGUCUAGAGGAUCCAGUUUCUGAAGCUACUUCUGCAGACACUAAAAAGGAAACUUUGUACCAAGAAGCUUUUAGAGGUGAGAGUGUGAGUGAGGUUCGAGAAAUGAAUGCUCAAAUGUAUUCAUAUAUGUUGGAUCAAGUGUUCAAAAGUAUUGAUCCUGCAAUAGCAUCAUCACCACUACCUCCUGUUGAAGAAAACAAAUAACUGCUCAUCCUGUUAAACUAUCAAUGUGUAUAUUUUUCUUUUCAAGAGGAAAAUUGCAUUUGUAAAAACCAUAGAUGAAAAUUAAUUGAUUUUGGUCUAAAUUUGUAAAAAUCAUUUUAUGUACAUUUUUCAUUUGGGAUUAAAAAUU